AUGGGGUUAUGUGUGAACAUGAGGAGUUGGAGAUGGAGGGGCAGCUCUGGAACAUCCAGAGGUUUGAUAGGAGCCAUGCUGCUGGGGCUCAGCUUGGCUCAGAACUGCCCAGCAGGCGAGACCCAGCAGAACCUCACCCAGCCUUUGUAUCAGGGACUGGCCAAGAUUCACAACGGGGUGGACUUUUUGACCUCCUUUGUCCAGUCUUUCCUCUACACAGUUCAGCCUCGCCCUUUUCCUGAAGAUUUAUUCGUGAAACUAUUCCAAGUUUCUGGCAAUGUACAGUCAGAUCAAGAAUUCGUGAAAGAAAUUCUGAUCUACGAAGUGGGCUUCCUGGUGUGUGUUGCCAUCGGUGUUUUGUACAUCGUCCUGAUGCCCAUCGUUGGUUUCCUCCUGGCUUGCUGUCGCUGCUGUGGCAACUGUGGUGGGAAGAUGUACCAGAAGCAAACAUCCUCCACUCACUGUCUCAGGAGAACUCUUUACCUGAGCGUGUUCGCGAUCACAAUCAUUAUCUUCGCUGGUAAUAUCUGCAUGUUCAGAAGCAACGAAGCUCUUAAAACGAGCGUGGAGAAAGGUCCACGGGAGCUCAACCACACCAUAAGCAACAUCCACACCUUCCUCACAGCUGUGCCGCAGCAAAUAAAUGACGUAGUGGAUGAAAGCUUCAGAACCAUUCAAGAGGUUACCAGAAACUUGGAUGAGAUUGGACCUCAGAUGGGAGCAGAAAUCCAAAAAAGCUUUAGAGGAACGUUCGACCCAGCCCUGCAGUCCAUCAGACGUCUGAACAAUGAAAGUUUAAGCAUCAAAACUCAGCUGGACAACUUGAGCUCGUCUCUGGUCCAGCUACAGUCCAGCAUGGACCGGGUCCAGGCCAACGUGACAGCCGUUAAAACCCAGAUCAACCAGACGCUGUCCAAACCGAACUGUACCGGCUGUGACGGCCUCAGUGAAGAGCUGCAGAAACUAACGAUAGACACCAACAUCUCUAUCACCAGUCUGCAUCAGUUUCAGUCUGCAGUGGAUGAAGUCAUCAAAGCGGAUCUCAAGUCCAAAAUAAAUGAGGGGGAGGGAUAUUUUCUCAGCAUUCCUCAGAGAGUGGCCAACGAGAGCAAGGAUGUUGUUCAAAACAGCAAGCAGCUGCUGAGUGACAUAAAGAGACAAAUCGCGCAGGUUUCCCAAGAUCUGCAUUUACCUGUGUUGAAUAAUCUGUCCCAGACUCUGACCCAGGUGCAGAGUGAAAUCAACACGUUUUUACCCGUAGUAGAAAACUCAGAGUUCAUCAGAUGGAGUGUGUGUGUGGCCAUUUGCUGCGUCAUCCUCCUGGUGGUGGUGUGUAACCUUCUGGGCCUGGUUGUGGGCCCUCUGGGUCUCUCAGCCAAAGCAGACCCCACGAGCCGCUCGUGCAUGGCGGACUGCGGAGGCGUCUUUUUCAUGAUAGGCGCAGGUUUCAGUUUCCUCUUUUCCUGGCUCUUCAUGAUCGCGGUGCUGCUGCUGUUCUUGCUGGGUGGAAACGUUUACACUCUCAUCUGCCAACCGUGGAACAACGGACAGCUGCUAAAGUUCAUUGAUACACCAGGAGCAAUUCCAGGGUUGGAUAUAGGCCAAGCUCUAGGACUCAAGACCACCAUUGGUAUCUCUGAUAUCUAUAGAGACUGUCUGAACAACGAGCCUCUGUGGGCAACACUUCACUUGAAUGAGGUUGUAGACCUUGGAGACCUGCUCAAUGUAUCCAAAUACACGGCACAGAUCCAGGAGGAGUUUGGCAAAACAAACAUCACCCUGUCCACAAUCGCUCUCCUGAGCCCUGAACUGAAAAGCCAGCUUGGCAACAUGUCUGCCAAUUUAGAAAACUUAAACACCGCCUCUGCCACACAGCAGAUGAACAACAUUAUCAGCAUCAAUCUGAAUACAACCGCAGACCGACUUUUACAAUCGAGUAGUGUUCAACACGAUGAAGCUGUUAAAAAAGAGCUGGAAAACGAAGCCAUGAAACUAAAGCAGAUUCAAGCCGACAUUGAAACAAUCAUCUUUCCACAAGUGAAAAACCUGAAUUCUUCCAUCGAGAGCCUGAAGUCCAACGCAAAAAAAGUCGAUGGAACAGUGGGGGAGGUGCUGAGCAGCGCUGGAGCAGCACAAGACUUCCUCAACACAUAUACAAGCCAGAUUGUAAAGACC